GGGUUGGGUCCGGGUUGGGCCCGGUGUGGCGAGGGCCUCCUUGCCAGGGAGGCCGUGCGGGUGUGGCGGGGCCCGGGCAUGGCUGGCCGCACGGUGCGGGUGCAGGGCUUCCCCGCCGAGCUGCCUCCCGACAGGGCGGCCGACAAGCUGACCAUUCACUUCCUGCGCUCCCGCAACGGCGGAGGGGACAUUGCCGAAGUCCGGGUGCUGCCCGGGUCCCCUCCCUGCGCCCUCAUCACCUUCGAGGCGCCAGAAGUGGCCCAGAGGAUCCUGAAGGUGAAAAGCCACGUGCUGGCAAUCGGGAGGACGCGGUACCCGCUGGAGGUGACGCUGCACGCUGCAGAGCUGAGCCCUGACGAGAUCUUCAUACGUGUGUGCCUGACAAUUGACUAUGGCAAGCUGCCCCUGGGCAAAACCCUCCUGAGUGACUUGCAAAAAAACUACAGCGACGUGCAAUUCUGCUUCGACUCAAAGAACAUGCACUGCAUAGUGCAGGGACCAUUCACUCAGCUGCAGACCUUCAGCAGAGACCUGCUAGGCAGCCUGAACCUCAAGAGCCAAGCCAUUGGUGAGAUCUUCCUGCCAGCUUCCAGCUGUGGGGCCAAAGAGAUGGGAAUGCAGGAUCACCAGCAAGUGCCUGACUCCGCUCAGUCAGCUCAAGAGACAGCAGAGCUGCCAAACCGUGAGCAGGGGCGUGAAACUGCAGCUAAAGUCCCAUCACCUCAGAGCCCGGCAGGUGGGGAAGAUGUGGAACUUCUGGGGAAGCUGGAGGACUUUUCCCUAGCAAUGGACUCGGACAUUUACUUGUACAUGCAGAGGUUCUGUGCUGCUGAGUACCAAGCUGUGCUGCACCAACAUCACGUGGACGUGGUGGAUGUCAGUGGCAACGGCGUUGCUGUGUUGUACCUCCAGCCAUCUGGGGGUGUGUCUGGGGACAAGGAUGCCUUGCACCAGGCCCACCUGGCCCUGCAGAAGCUCUACCAGCAGCUGGAGGUGAGCCUGUGCAAGGAGAAGAUUGCUAAGGAAGGGCUGGGAAUGGACAGCCAGGCGCUCACAGCUCUGACCCGUGAGCUGCAGAAGCUGUACCCCCAGCUGCUCUGCCACGAGGAUGUGAAGCAGCUUUAUCUUGUUGGAAACCUUGUUGAUGUGUCCCAGGCCAAGCAGUUCCUUCAGGAUUCUGUCACCAGGAGAGGUGCCCCACACACGGUUGACACGCUGAGCAGCUCCCAGCCCUCUGGCACCACAGAGGCUGCAUUACACCAGGCCAAAGUGCCUGUGGAUAUUCCAGCCACAAGGCUUAGCCCAAGCAGGCCAGAGCUGAAAGGUGAGUUCAAGCUAGCUGCCAACUUCAGCACCCCGAAAGCUGACAGGUCUCAGGCUGGCCAGAGCCUCUUGCUGAAUCAGGGCUCUCCACCGGUGGGACAGGAGCAGCUUUCUGGGAAACAUUCACCAGAGACAGAUGCUCCUGGUCUGAGUGACCCCAGGGCACUGACCCAGCAGUAUCAGCCUCUCACCCCUAUGGCAGGUAAAGGUGUGGGGUCAGCAGCAGAGCCUCAGCAGAAUAACCCCACGGAAAGGGGCCAUGUGGAAGGAGGUGCCAGACUCACAGGACAAAAGGUGCUGUUGCCUUGUGUGGGCAAAGAAAACAGCACUUUUCAGCAUCCUGAGGACUCUAAAGGCUCGGGUCCCAUUGGGCACCACUCCGUCGGUGGUCUCUCCAGCAUCUGUGAUGUGACAUGGACCUCUUUUGCUUUAGGCUCCAAACCUUCUGCAUCCAGGCCUGUGCUGCGACGGUCCAACAGCUUCUCCCUGCCGAGGUCCAAGGAAAGCAACAACUCUGGAGACAACAGCAGCAGGGUGAGUGAGGAAAUGAGCCUGGACUCUCUGCAGUGGUUUUACCUGAAAGAUGUCUGCCACGCCACUAUUGAUGAGCUGUGCAGGGCUGGAGGGGUGCACAUCUCGGAGCACCACACUGGGGACGGCACAGUGCUGACGCUGCAGGCAGCAGACAGGAAAAGGCUGUUCCAUGCCAAAUGGAAGGUGGAAGACCUUGUGCAGAAGUGCCCUGACUUGGUGUGUCAGAGUGUGAGCUACUCAGAGCUCGCUGUGGAUGGUCCAGAUGAUGGUGACCUGAGUGAACUGUGCAGCCUCUUGCGAGGAAAAUCCUUCCGGGUUGGACUCAGCAAAGACAAGUACAAGCUCCAUCUUGUCUGCCCCAAGGAUGUGCUGCCAGGAGUGACUGAGGCCUUCCUCAUCUUUUCUUCCAGGAGGCUCUGUGUCACAAAGUCUUCAUCCAUCUCUCCUGGCGCAGAGAGUACAGGGAAAUCAAGUGUCAUCGAGCCAAGCAGAAGCCAGGACCCAGUGCUGGAUGCAGCCCUUCCUGGCAGCCUGAAUUCCCUACAGCAGCUGAACAUCAGCAAUCAAGUACGCUCUUCAGAUGUGCUUAGGGCUUCCUGGGUGCCAGAGGCUGAGGAAAAGAGGUCCCCCAGUCCUUGGAGGUUCCAGCAGGCUUGGGGGCAGGAGGAGGUCAGGGACCGUAUUGACUCUGGGUCUGGGCGAGGAGGAAGCAGCUUUCUGGGCCUUGGUGUGGGGGAUAAGCCAAGUCCUCCAGGCCUGAGGGAGUCCCAGGAACAGCGGAAGGCAAAACUGUGUCUGGGGGAGCCUGACACCACCCGGCUCAAAGUCUUGCCAGACAGAUUCCAGUUUGCAAUAUACAGGAACAGAGGAGGCCCCAGUGAGGCAAUGGGACAGCAGCACUGUCCGGUCCCUGCAGCUGACGGAGCUCCUCACUCUCUGCCCACCUGGCUGUCCAGGGCCACGGCUGCUGAGCCACCGCCAGCUGCGGCCCAACAGGCACCUGCAGCAGAGCCCACGCAUCAGGGAAGGGCCCAGCUCCCAGGAGACAGGAGCAAUGAGCAGGAGGGGCCUGACCUCCCCUCACAGCAGAGAAGAGACCCCAGCCUAGGACAGGAAAGCAGCACGAUCCCUCUGGACCAGUGUGAUGCCUGCCAGGGCUGCUGCGGUCGUGCCUCGUGCAGGACAUGCGUUGCAGCAGACAGCAUGCAGCCAGCUUGCUGCAGAUCCUCCUCAGCUGCCCCAAGCUGCAAGAUCUUGGGGACACUGAAGAUCUCCUCCCUGUCCCAGAGCCUGCCUGGAUACUCUCAGGUCCCAACACUUCAGCUUGCUUACAGCAUCCCUGAUGGCAUGCAGGGGGUUGGGGACCCUCACCCAGGACAGCCUUACAAAGGGGGGAAUUUCUGUGCCUUCCUGCCCAAUAACGAGGAAGGGCUGAUGACAGCAAAGCUGCUGAAGAAAGCGUUUGAACGUGGGCUGACGUUCCAGAUCAAGUCCUACAAUGGAGAAGAAAGAGUAACAUGGGGAUUUAUCCCCCACAAAACCUCCUGGGAUGGAGGCAAAGCCAGGAAUGGCUACCCGGACGCCCAGUACCUCCAUGAGGUCGGCACAGUUCUGAAUAAACUGGCCCUUGUGUGAUUCUCCCACAGCCACAGCCUGUGGCUUCCCUUUGCCGCCUUUUCCUGCUGAGAAAACUGCAGCUUAACAGAGACAGCUCAGGAAAAAGCAGGUGUUUGUCAAAGGAGCUCCUGCCUUCCCCCCAGAUGUAGCCAGAAAUCUGCACAUUAGCAAAGAGCAGCACCUUCGUCCCUGCCGCCUGCAGGCCUCACCACGGAUCAGUGCUUCCCAAAAACUCCGGCUCCCCUUGGAUGGGUGUCCUGCCAGCCAGUCACAGAGCUGAUUUCAGCUGAUUGCAGGCUUUCAGUAGCUGACACAAACCUGGGCAGGGGUCUGCACCUAGUCCAGCCUCAGCUUCUGGAAGCCUCUUCCACCUGCCAUUACAGGCAGGUGAACUGCCUUUAGUGUCAGCUCCACGUGCUGACAGCUCAGGCUGCAGCAGACAGCCCCAUGCUCCAGCCCUGCCCCAGCGCCUGCUCUGAGGCCAGCAGGGGACCUGGUGCUCUCUUGAGGAGAACAUGAACAGCUUUCAGCACCCACAGCAGCAGCCUCCCAGGGACAGUCUCUAUGCUGACAAAUAAAUGGGAUUUAUUCUCAUGUUUGGUAGUGGCUGUUCGUGCCUUGUCUCACCCUCAAGCCCAGGCAGCCACUUCAGUCCCACCUGGUUACCGAGACACCCAGGUACAAAGUGCAGAGCCCAGCUAAAGGCUUCACAAACAAAAAAAUCACCAUGGCUGCCCUCCAGCAAGAGUGUCAGGAACAACACUCAAGCCAACAACUAACAGUUGUCCCUGAGAGCAGAGGCAUCCUCUCAUGCUGGGAGCGUCACACUUCAUCAACCGAACCUGCCCUGAGCUGUGGGCAGAGGAUCACCACAACAGAAACCCGAGCAGCAUAC